UUAACUCGCAAUGGUCUGUUGGAGAAAAAGGAAAAAAGGAUUGGGUGUUGAGCGAAUGAUAUCAAAACCCAAGGGGCCAAAAUGAACAUUUCAUACUUUCGUCAAACCCCAGGGUUUUUCGCCGCCAUUUUUUCCCUUUCCCAGAAUUGGCAGUAUUCAACAAUGGCGGAAACAAUUAGCAGAGCUCUCCGUGACGGAGCAUUCGAAGGAGAACACGCUCCCGCUCUAACUAUAAAGGAUACUAUCAACACACCUUUCGGUUCCUUCGUCUUCAACCAUAUUCUUACGCAACUCACUUCCAACAUUCUCGCCGGUAAAUCACAAGCUCGAGGUGUUGUGCUGGUUGCUUUAUCCCGGCCUCCAUCGUUCUAUGUUGAAUUGUUGAAGAGUAAAGGUUUUGAUGUUACUUCAUCAAGUAAAUGGCUAAGAGUUUUAGAUUGCUAUUCCGAUCCUCUUGGAUGGAAAAGCAAGUUGAUGGAGAGAGGAACUGUAAGAAAUCCAUACGAAGAGACCAUAUUGAAAACUAGUUUAUGUAAGAACUUGAAAGAAUUGGACAAGGCUUUGUCUUCCAUUAUUGAACUUGGAAAAGAAAUUGUUGAAGAGGGAAACGGGAGAUUUGCAGUUGCAAUUGACUCGGUUAGUGAGAUAUUAAGACAUUCAUCUCCACCUUCCGUUGCAAGAAUCUUAAGUCAUCUUCGCAGUCAUGACCAGGUCUCAUGCAUAUUUUGCUUGUUGCAUGUGGACCUUCAUGAGGCCAAGGUGGCUGCCACUCUUGAAUAUUUGUCCACUAUGCAUGCAGAUGUGGAACCAAUAGUUCAAAGAACAAAUGGACAGAGAAACACCUCAGAGGACCUCCCAAUGGUGGAACAGUGCUUUAAAAGAGGGAAGUUUCAUGUUCGUUUUAAACGCAGAAAUGGACGUGUCAAAGUGAUGAGGGAAGAGCUUUAUGUUGAGGGAUCAGGCAUCAAAUUUACAGAAGUUUCAUCUGCAGAUGGACUCACUGCCCAAGGUCUUGUUCCCAAGGUGCAAUUCAAUUUAGAGCUUUCAGAGAAGGAGAAAUUGGACCGAGCGAAAGUCGUACUCCCAUUUGAACACCAAGGAACUGGUAAACCCAUUCAGAUCUAUGAUGGUCGCAAAUCUCUUAAUGAAAGCGAAACUGAGGAGAAACAAGCUUCAGUUGAUAAACCACAAACACCGGAGGAUUCUGGGAGGGGUGAAAUAAUAUAUUUUCGGGAUUCAGAUGACGAGAUGCCAGAUUCAGAUGAGGACCCUGAUGAUGAUUUGGACAUAUGAUUGUGUGUAUUGUUACUUUUAAGCAUCAUGAUACCAGAUUUAUAAGAUGAAGGCUUUCUUUUGACCACUUUACCAAGUCCAUGGCCCAAAUGUUUUGCUGGCAGUAUACAAAUCGGUGAAAGGGAAUAUUCUUGACCUCACUAAGUUUAUAUGUUGACUGGCAUGACCAGCUAGCUAAGUAGUAGGUUAACUGAUCCCCUGCAAGUAUUUUAGUGCAACUUACCUUUAAGUAGUAGUGUGCACUGUUGUUGCUGUAGGUAGCCAUUAACCACUCUUAUAUACAAUGGGUUGUCGACUAGUAGUAGAAUGAACAAAGCCAGUUGUAAGGUGGUAGGUUUGUUUAGUAGGUUCCCUACUAGAUUACAGGUGGGAUUACUAUGGAGUAAUUUUGCUCAUACAUACAAUUGUCCAACAUCUUUGUAACUUGUAUGACUUGUCCAUGCAUUAGUUUGUUACAUAUUUUUGGGUGUGUGCUA